AUGCUUCUCCUAAGAUUUGUUUUCUUUUUGCUUUCAACAAUCACGAUUGUCCUGUCGCAACCUCUUCAUUCGACGUUUUCAGCUGAACAGUAUAUGCAGUCGCUAGCUGAAAAAUAUGAAAACAUCUCAACGGAAAUCAACUGUAUGGAACUGCGACAGCUAGAAGCCGCCAAUGCGAAAGAAGAGGUUGCGGAAGUCCCAGAGUCUAAUAUCCUUUUCGGUAAAUUUACCGAAAAAAGCUUACAGACAGCGAUUUCGACCAUUAAAAAUCGCUACGCGGAGCUUCAAAAUUAUGAUUUACUGCCAGAAAAUCACAAUCACUUCGACCAGUAUUUGUUGGUAUCACUUGGAUCGCCAGAUUUGCUCAGCGGACUGCUUAUGUGA